AUGUCUGGCGGAAGCAGCAGCAAUAGAAAUGAGUGCAGAAUAUACGUCGGCAAUCUUCCUCCCGACAUAAGGACAAAGGACAUUCAAGAUCUAUUUUACAAGUUCGGCAAAGUUACAUUCGUGGAUUUGAAAAACAGAAAAGGACCACCGUUCGCUUUUGUAGAAUUUGAAGAUCCCAGAGAUGCAGAUGACGCAGUCCGUGCUCGUGAUGGCUAUGAUUAUGAUGGCUACCGCCUACGCGUAGAGUUCCCACGCGGCGGAGGGGGCGGUGGUGGCCGUGGAGGCCGUGGAGGCCCUGAGCGCUUCGGAGCACGCACCGCAACAAGAGGCCCACCUGCCCGCCGUUCUGAACAUCGCGUACUUGUCACUGGACUGCCUCCUUCAGGAUCCUGGCAGGAUCUAAAGGACCACAUGAGAGAAGCUGGUGAUGUCUGUUUCGCUGACACCUUUAAAGAUGGCACCGGUGUGGUUGAGUUCUUGCGCCAUGAAGACAUGAAAUAUGCUGUCAAGAAGCUGGAUGAUUCUAGAUUCAGGAGUCAUGAGGGCGAGGUGUCGUAUAUCCGCGUCAAGGAGGACUACGGUGGUGGCGGCGGCGGUGGCGCGGACCGUUACAGUGGGGACCGAGACAGGUCCCGGUCGUACUCCCCGCGGCGGCGCGGGUCCCCGACGUACUCGCCGGUGCGGCGCAGCUACUCGCGCUCCCGCAGCCGCUCGCGCUCGCACAACUACUGA